GUGUUAAUAUAUUAUAAAAAAUAUGAUUCAGGUGGAGCAUGGUGGCUCAUGCCUGUAAUCCCAGCACUUUGGGAGACUGAGGGGAGGGGAUCACCUGAGGUCAGGAGUUUGAGACCAGCCUGGCCAAUAUGAUGAAACCUUGUCUCUACUAAAAAAUACAAAAAUUAGCCGGGCGUGGUGGUGUGCACCUGUAGUCAGAGCUACUCUGGAGGCUGAGGCAGGAGAAUGGCUGGAACCCGGGAGGUGGAGGUUGCAGUGAGCCAAGAUCCUGCCACUGCACUCCAGCCUGGGCAACAGAGUGAGAGACUCCAUCUCAAAUAAAUAAAUAAAUAAAAAUAAAUAAUAUGAUGCACUUUCAGGAUAGCAUGCUCUUUGAAUCUCUUUAAAUAGUGACAGUUUAUAUUUGAACAGUUAUUUUUUCAUUUUUCAAAGCACUUUUCCCCAACAUUUUAUUAUGAAAAUCUCCAAAUAUAUGGGGGAAAAAUAAUUGUAAGUGAACACUCGUGUUGGGACUCAGAAACUGAUACCCCAAAAUAUGGGGCUUUGACCUGUUGAAUGGAAGCCUCAAGGUCUCUCUGACCUCACUGCCCCGCACCAUCUCUCCCAAAGCACAGGAUGAAGUUGAAGUUCCUUUAUCUGGCUAUGAUCCAAACCCACCAAAAGGAACAAUUGUUUUUUCUUCCCUUCCUUGUAAGACUAAAAAUGUAACCACCUGAACAGACCCUUUCACAAGAUAAUGUGCAAGUUCAUCCCUGCGCCCUGAUCCAUUCACUUUCCCUAGUCAUCUCCUCAACAGAAUGCCUCUGCUCCCCUCUCCCCAAGUCUGUUUACCAGGAUGGUAUACAAGCUUCUGAACCCCGUUGGGGGUGUGUAAUCACUCUGUGACUCUCCCCGUGCACACAUUAAUAAAUGCAUAUGCCUUUUCUCCCAUUAAUCUGCCUUUUGUGAGUUGAUUUUUCAGCAAACUUCAGAGGACAAAGGGAACAUUUUUCCCGUGGUCCCUAUACCCAUACAUACCCACUACCUAGAUUCAAAAUCAACAUUUUGCUAUAUUUGCAAAACACUUUUCAUAGGCUAAUUUUAUUAUCACCUUUUUAAAAAAAUUCUUUUUACAAGUACUGCUCCUUAUGGAGCAGGGCUACCCCAUAGGCAGUGUGCCCAGAGUAGCUUAUUAUCACUUUUUAUUUCACCUAAUGACUAAGGUAUGAUUCUAUGUUUUAUAGAUAAGGAAACUGAAACUGAGGCUUUAAUGACUUCCAAGGAGCUUGUCUGCCAGAAGUUGUAAUCAACUUGUGCCAGCUGAUCUGUCCACACCCUCUAUCCACAGGUGUUAGAUAUAUAACCUAGGUCUGAAAAAUAUUUAGAAUAUUCUUGUGAUGAAAAGCUUGCAAUUCCACAAUACAGGGGAAUCAGCAAAAUCAUGGGAAAACCAAUAGAAUACAUUUCUAACUCAUGAAUCAUUCAGGGAAGAAUCCAGUCUUGGGUUUUCCCUCCCCCUCAUCCCAUUUCUAUUCCUGAUUAGUCAUCAUUUCCUGCCCAGCCUGUCUGAGAUGUUUCUUCCAUCCUUUCUUUUCCAGUAACAGUAACCUGGUGCAGGUCUACAGUAUCUGUUAUCUCAGCUGAUUUCCCUUCUGCCUUUUCAUGAACCAGAGACAUGUGAUUUCCAAUUAAAGCACAGCCCUGACCAUAUCUUUGCCCAGCUUACAAAACGUCAACGGCUCGCAGCUAUCUACCGAAUUAAGCCUACUAUAAUCCCCUUCCUUCUACACUACAACCUAUCCACGCAUCUGUCCUCUUACUCCUUAGCUUCCAUCUUACAUGACUAAGAGUUGUUUCCCCAAAUACACCCUUAUUUACUUUUUUCAUUUAUAACUCACCACCACCGCCUCCAAAGUUUCACGUGGGUAAAUUCUAGACCUCCACGUCAUAGGCCAACUCAAAUGCCAAUCCUUCUAAUGAACUUUCUGGAGAUCCCGGGCCUGUUGUCAUCUCUAUCGCCAAUCUUUGGCAUCUUGUGGCAAUAAUCUCAUUCUACCUUGUAGAGCUUUCUGGUCUGACUUCCCUUGCCACCUUCUGCUCCCUUUGCCUAAGUAUAACACCUUUGAGGAAAGGGACGCUGUUUUAAUCAACGUCGCCUCGCACACAGGCGGUGCUUUAUUGUGCUUAAUAUCGUUUAACGCAACACACCCUGCCGAGGGGGUCGGAGGCGGACGCCUUUUGCUGUAUCCACACAGACCCGCGCAGGCACACACGGACGCCGUCUGCCACUCUGACAGACACGUGUCCCCUGGGCCACAGCCCUGGAACUGUCUCGGGAUUCCCAGCCUGUGGGCGCUUCCAUGCUGGCCAGCGGAAGGGGACAUUUUUCUUCGGAACCGCUUCAACGGAUACCUCUUAUUUUAGUCCGCCUACGGAUUCUACCCUAUAAAUCAGCCUAAGCCCUGCUUCCUUUUAAAACAGGAUUACGCCGGGUCGAGGGAGCCUGGCGUGGUCGCGCAGUGGCCGGGUCCCGCGGAUCCCCCCUCCAGCUCCCGCUUGGUAGCGCCCGCUUUGUCAGCGCGCAGCGCUUGCCGGACGCCCUGCAGGUCUCGCCAGGUCUCACAGCAGACGGUGCCGACGCAGCGCUCUUGUGCCUCGCUCUCGGGCUCUGCUGCCCGGGAUUUCCCCAGGACCUGCGCCGCGCGAGAAGGAGCCUGGGAGCAUCUGCGCAGCUGCCCGGACAGUCGGUUCGACUCGCUGCCCUCGGCCCCAGCCGGGCUCCGCUCCUCGGGCGCGCGAGGGGCCGCGGUGGUGGCGGCGGCGCCCGGCAUGUUUCAUAGUCCGCGGCGGCUCUGCUCGGCCCUGCUGCAAAGGGACGCGCCCGGCCUGCGCCGCCUGCCUGCCCCAGGGCUGCGCCGCCCGUUAUCCCCGCCGGCGGCUGCUCCCAGGCUCGCAUCCCCCCGGCUGCUGGCGGCGGCCUCGGCGGCCUCGGGCGCCGCGAGGUCGUGUUCCCGAACAGCGUGUUCCAUGGGAACCGGUACAAGCAGACUCUAUAGUGCUCUUGCCAAGACACUGAACAGCAGCACUGCCUCCCAGCACCCAGAGUAUUUGGUGUCACCUGACCCAGAACAUCUGGAGCCCAUUGAUCCUAAAGAGCUUCUUGAGGAAUGCAGGGCCGUCCUGCACACCCGACCUCCCCGGUUCCAGAGGGAUUUUGUGGAUCUGAGGACAGAUUGCCCUAGUACCCACCCACCUAUCAGGGUUAUGCAGUGGAACAUCCUCGCCCAAGCUCUUGGAGAAGGCAAAGACAACUUUGUACAAUGCCCUGUUGAAGCACUCAAAUGGGAAGAAAGGAAAUGUCUCAUCCUAGAAGAAAUCCUGGCCUACCAGCCUGAUAUAUUGUGCCUCCAAGAGGUGGACCACUAUUUUGACACCUUCCAGCCACUCCUCAGUAGACUAGGCUAUCAAGGCACGUUUUUCCCCAAACCCUGGUCACCUUGUCUAGAUGUAGAACACAACAAUGGACCAGAUGGUUGUGCCUUAUUUUUUCUUCAAAACCGAUUCAAACUAGUCAACAGUGCCAAUAUUAGGCUGACAGCCAUGACAUUGAAAACCAACCAGGUGGCCAUUGCACAGACCCUGGAGUGCAAGGAGUCAGGCCGACAGUUCUGCAUCGCUGUCACCCAUCUAAAAGCACGCACUGGCUGGGAGCGGUUUCGAUCAGCUCAAGGCUGUGACCUCCUUCAGAACCUGCAAAACAUCACCCAAGGAGCCAAGAUUCCUCUUAUUGUGUGUGGGGACUUCAAUGCAGAGCCAACAGAAGAGGUCUACAAACACUUUGCUUCCUCCAGCCUCAACCUGAACAGCGCCUACAAGCUGCUGAGUGCUGAUGGGCAGUCAGAACCCCCAUACACUACCUGGAAGAUCCGGACCUCAGGGGAGUGCAGGCACACCCUGGAUUACAUCUGGUAUUCUAAACAUGCUCUGAAUGUAAGGUCAGCUCUCGAUCUGCUCACUGAAGAACAGAUUGGACCCAACAGGUUACCUUCCUUCAAUUAUCCUUCAGACCACCUGUCUCUAGUGUGUGACUUCAGCUUUACUGAGGAACCUGAUGGACUUUCAUAAAUACUUGCUUUUGUCUUUUUAAUCACAAGAGUCUUUUUGUUUUGUUUUGUUUUGUUUUUUUGAGACAGAGCAGUGGCCUGAUCUCGGCUCACUGCAAGCUCCGCCUCCCGGGUUCAUGCCAUUCUCCUGCCUCAGCCUCCAGAGCAGCUGGAACUACAGGCGCCCACCACCACGCCUGGCUAAUUUUUUGUAUUUUUAGUAGAGACAGGGUUUCACCGUGUUAGCCAGGAUGGUCUCGAUCUCCUGACCUUGAAUCACAAGAGUCUUAACGGAAUGUUUCGGGAAACAAAUAGGAUAAGACAAUGCCAGAGGAAGGAUAGAAACAUGGGAAGUUUCUAUCAUUUCAUUUUCUGUGUUUCCAGCAUGCCCUUGGAAAAGAACUCCCUUUAGUUCACAGAUCUUUUCAAUUAAAACCUAUAGCGAAAAAGGUGUUUGCACUCCAAUUUUGGCUUGUAUUGUUUUCUUUUCCUUAAUAUUACAUUUUGAUCAUUUAAGGGCAUUAAAUUGGCUUGUUUUGGUCAGGUGUGGUGGCCACUCAUGCCUGUAAUACCAGCACAUUGGGAGGCCAAGGUGGGAGAAUCACUUGAACCUAGGAGUUCGAGUCCAGCCUGGGCAACAUGGCACAAGACCCCAUCUCUAUUUCUAAAAUAAUAAUAAAUUUAGUUAUUUUGAAGCUUUUUCAGUUUGAGGAUGCUAUAAAAACUCAGACUUGCUUGAAUCUUCCAUAAUAGUAUGUAGCAGCAAUUUCUUUAAACAGCAUUUUAAGUUAUUUGUGGGUUUUUAAAAUGUAAACAAUAUGCAUGGCAACAUUUAUUUUUUAUAUCUUCAUAUAAAAUUAAGUAAAUAAGUUAUAGCAUUAUGAACAUUUUAGAACCAUGCAAGAGAAGUUAUAGAGAAAGUAAUUUAUGGUAAUUUUCAUAAAGCUUUAAAAUAUUUUCAAUUGGGCUGUAACAAAAUGAGUACAAAGGAACUAUUUAGCCUGGAGGGGCUUUUGUUAUUUAAAUGUCAGAUUUCUUUGAUACAUUCUUCAAAAAUAAUCCUUGUCCUGCCUCUAUGUUCCCUGUUAUUGUGUUUCUUGAAGAGAUUCCAAUUAGUUUUCAAUUAUUUAACCAAUUAGUUUUCAUUAUUGCUGUUAUAUAUUUAAACUUUACCACUGGAAUAAUACUGGUAUACAUUUGAUAUCAGUCACUCGAUGUCAUCAUUAUUUGUAUUGGAAUGUGCUAUUCACAAUAGGUUAUUUAGAAGCUGUAUGUGGCGGUGGCCAAGAGAGUCAGUAGGACCUUCUUUUCAGAGAUACGAAACUUUCUAGAAAGCCUGUUAAUGGGCUUUCAUUGAAAUUUCCUAAGAUAACCAGAUACUGUGAUUCAGAAUAUCUAGAAAGAAGAAUGUAAAAAGCUAGAUAACCUGGAUCAGGUGUGGUGGCUCAUGCUUGUAAUCCCAGCACUUUGGGAGGCCAAGGCGGGCGGAUCAACUAUGGUCAGGAAUUCGAAACCAGCCUGGCCAACAUGGUGAAACCUCGUCUCUACUAAAAAUACAAAAAUUAGCUGGGCAUGGUGGCAGGUGUCUGUAAUCCCAGCUACUUGGGAGGCUAAAGCAAGAGCAAUCGCUUGAACCUGGGAGGUGGAGGUUGCAGUGAGCUGAGACCGCACCAUUGCACUCUAUCCUGGGCAACAAGAGUGAAACUCCAUCUCAAAAAAAAAUAAAAAAUAAAUAAAUAAAUUUAAAAACCUGGAAUUCUCUUCCAUCAGAAAUAAAUGUAAAAAUUACAGGUAAAGCCUCUUCCAAACAAAAUAACUUAUUGGUAAUAGAUAUUUUAAUUUGUGAGUUAUAAAUACAUAAGAUUAAUAAAUGGUCUUUUAAAGCUA